AUGAACGGCCACUGCAACGGGAACGCGAGCGACGUCGCCGCGGAGGAGUUCCACUGCAACAACGGCUUCGCCGAGCUGAGUGUCAUGAAGGCGGCUGUAGCGUCUGCGGCGCACCGCAAGCUCCACGAGGGUUCCCGCAAAGAGGCCGAGGACCAGUGCCGGCUUCCCGCCCUGCAGGCCGCCUACUCCAGCAUCCUGCGGGAGCUCGGGGAGGACACCGAUCGCCAGGGUUUGCUACGCACGCCGCUGCGCGCUGCUAAAGCCAUGCAGUUCUUCACCAAGGGUUACCACGAGACCGUCGACGACAUUCUGAACGACGCCAUUUUCGACGAAGACCACGAGGAGAUGGUGAUCGUGAAGGGCAUCGAUAUGUUCUCCCUGUGCGAGCAUCAUCUGGUGCCCUUUUUUGGAAAGGUCCACAUCGGAUAUAUUCCCAACAAGAAAGUAGUGGGGCUGAGCAAGCUGGCCAGGAUUGUGGAGAUUUUCAGUCGGAGGCUUCAAGUUCAAGAGCGUCUCACCAAGCAGAUCGCAAUGGGCCUAUCCGAAGCCCUGCAACCCAAGGGCGUUGCCGUGGUGAUCGAGGCAGCGCACAUGUGUAUGGUGAUGCGUGGAGUGCAGAAAAUGAACAGCCGCACGGUGACCAGCACCAUGUUGGGUAUCUACCUGGACAACCCGAAAACCCGGGAGGAGUUCCUGACACUCACCCAACAUUGA